UUGAUGAAAAAUUUUUUUGAAAAAAAAAAAAAAUUCGUUCAACUACUUUCACGGAUAGAUGGCGAUAAUUUAGUUAUUUGAUUUUUUUAUUCGAUUUGAGAAUUCUUUUUUUUUUGGACCAAUCAAUCGUGAUUUUGAAAAUGGCAAUAAAAUCGUUAGAAAAAAAAUCAAUAAUCUUGAUCGAAUUGAUUGGUCGAAUAUUGUUUUCUCUAUACAACGUUCGUUUAGAAUGUCAACAAAUAAUUGUAAUCGAUUACAAUCAUCAUCGAACGAUAAAUCGAUUAAAUCCACCAGCAACAAAAGCAAAAGAUCAUCAACAUCAUCGAAUAUAGCCGUAUUGACCAGUGGUGGUGAUUGUCAAGGAAUGAAUAGUGUGUUAUAUGGUUUAACAUGUCAUCAUAUUGAUACGAUUAUGGCCACUAAUAAUUCCAAUGAUAAAACAGAAUUAUAUUUGGUUUAUAAUGGUUACCAAGGACUAAUCGAUGGAUCUUCACGAUCGAUUAUAAGCGCUAAUUUAAAAAUUUUACAUCGCCAUCUUUAUCAAGGCGGCACAAUAAUAAAUUCAUCACGUUGUCGUGAAUUCUAUCAUCAAGAUGGUCGUCGUAAAGCAGCAUAUAAUCUAUUGCGAUUGAAUAUACAAAAUCUUAUUAUUAUCGGUGGUGAUGGUAGUCUUACCGGUGCAAAUCAUCUACGCCGUGAAUGGCCACAAUUUGUUAAGGAAUUAAUUGAUAAAGGUGAAUUCGAUUCAAAGAAUUCAAAUAGCCAAUUGAAUCUAAUCGGUAUAAUUGGAUCAAUUGAUAAUGAUUUUUUUGGAUCUGAAAUGACAAUCGGUACGGAUUCAGCAUUGGCACGUGUUGUUGAAAGUAUUGAUGCGUUAAAAACUACGGCUAAAAGUCAUAGCCGUGCCAUUGUUGUCGAAGUGAUGGGUCGUAAUUGUGGUUACCUUGCAAUAUCGACAGCUUUGGCUACACAAGCAUCAUAUGUAUUCAUUCCAGAAUAUCCACAUCGAUCAACAGAUGAAUGGCAGAAAAAACUUGCAGCACGAUUACAAUAUGAACGUAAUAAUGGACAAUAUUAUCAUAUAGUGAUUAUUGCUGAAGGUGCAUGUGAUAAUAAUGGUGAUUCGAUAAAAUCCAACCAAAUAAAAGAUUAUCUAAAUAAAGAUUGCAAUAUUGAAACACGAUUAAUAAUAUUGGGACAUUUACAACGUGGUGGUUAUACUUCUGCUUUCGAUCAUCUAAUGUCAAUGUCAAUGGGCAUCAAGGCAUAUGAUAUGAUCCGUAUGAAAGAAGUGGAACCGACAGCAGCAGAAGAAAAAGAAACAGCAGAUGAUAAAUCUUCUUCGUACGGAAUGAAACAGGCAAUAAUUUUAACAUUAAACAAUGGCCAAAUACAAUCCAAACCAUUAUCCUAUUGUAUUGAUGAGAUGGCAAAAUUAACACGUUUUGUUCGUGAACGUAAUUGGCCAAAAGUAAUGGAAUAUCGUGGUGUAAAUUUCAUAAAUACAUGGGAAAAUUAUCGAAAUCUAAUGUCGCCACCAUCCAAAUCAGCAUUAUCAAUAUUUGAUAGACCAAAAUCUUCAACAUCAACAUCUGGAUAUUGUUGGGCAAUCAUGAUUUGUUCAUCGAAUCAUAAUAGUCCAAUGCCUGGUACAAAUGGAAUCCUGUUUGCAUUAGUUCGUUAUGGACAAGCACAGAAUAUAACGGUUAUCGGUUAUCGUAAUGGAUUGGAAGGUCUUUAUGGUAAUGAUUAUCAACGUUUUGAAUGGCAAGAUGUUGCCGAUAUAACAUCCAUAAGUGGUUCGAUAAUUGGUUCACAAUCACGAUCAAGAAAAUCCACACCUAGAAUUAAUGAUGAAAAUAUCGAGAGAAUAAUUACAAAUUUACAAAUGAAUAAAAUCAAAUUCUUGUGUUUUGUUGGUGAUCAUCAAGCAUUCGAUCAUCUACAAUCAUUGAAUGAAUAUAGAAAACGUUUUGAUUAUCUAUUGGACAUGAAACUCUGUUACAUACCUGUAUCUGCUGUUGAUUUUGAUAUCGACAAUGAUACAAAUUCCAAUGAUAAUGAUUCAACAAUUGUAUGGUCAAAAUUAGGACGUGAUUCAAUGAUGAAUAAAACCAUCCGGUUGAUUUGUGAUCUAAUCUAUUCAACACAAGGAACAUAUAAUCAAUUGUUUAUGAUUCGAAUCAAUCUAGAUAUGUUAUCAUCGACAACAUUCAUCAGAUCGAAUGAAUUUGCAAUGGCCGUUGGUGCUGCCAUCAUUUAUCCCAAAGAUAAAUCAAAUCGCAUGGAACCACCACUUCAUCCAGAAUCAAUUAAAACCACCGCUAUUGAAUUACGUGAAUCGAUUCUGCAAACAAAUGAAAAUAAAUUUGUAAUCAUACAUUAUCCAUUAUGGUCGAAAAUUCAAUCAAUUUUCAUGUCAAUAAUAGCACCAUUUAGCGAUCGAAUACGCUUGAAUUCUAUUGAUAUGACAGCAAUGCAAAUGCCCACACACGCUUCACCGUUUGAUCGUAAAUUGGGCGUAAAAUUGGGCAUGGAAUGUGGCCGUUAUUUUUCCAAUGCAAAUUUUGAAACUACACCGCUAAUGAUCAGUACACCAUUUUUGUAUGAAGCACGACCGAUUAAAUCACGAAUCAGAAAAAGUAAAUGAAAAUGAAAAAAAUGUUUAUUAAAAUAAAUCAGAAAAAAUUCAAAUUUCAA